AUGAAAGUAAAGGAAGAUGAUGAAAGUUAUGACAAAGAUUCUCGCAAAGAGAAAGAAAUGAGUUUAUUCAUCAAGCAUUACAAUCAAUAUAUACAGAAACACUGGCUCAAACACUUUGACAAAAAUUUAAUUAACUUUAGGAAAUAUCAUCCAUAUACGAAAGAAGAAAAGAAAAAGGAAGAAAAUGUUACUUGUUUUGAAUGUGGAAAAUUUGGUCAUUACCAUACAACAUGUCUGAGCCUUAGCAAGCGCAACAAAAAGAAUGGUAAAAACUCGUACAAAACGAAGACUAAUAAUACCAAAGGUCGUAGAGCUUAUAUCGCUUGGGAAGAUGAAGAUGAAAGUUCUUCCUCUUCUAGUUCGAGUUCAUAUGACAAUGAAUCUGCAAAUUUUGGUUAA